AUCCCCUGAUAACCCUGAUAACCUUUUCCAUGGCUAUAUAGGACAUAUAUAGUAAACUAGAAAGGUCAACAUCUACUCCACAAAAGUCACUAUGACCAUGGACGCGGAAAUCAAAUACGUACUCAGCCUCCAGGCUGUGCGUGAACGGGCUCACCGUGUCCUCCAUCUUGCCGAAGCCAACAAACUCACCCAUUUCGACUAUCACGAGGACCGUUUCGACGCUGCAGUUCAAUAUGUAACCAACAUCAUUAGGCGGGACUUUGGUCCAGACAAAUAUCAUCUGAUUCCUCCCCAUGGCCGGUGGCAGCACUUCGACGUCGGUGGUACAGCCCGCAUAGUGGACCUCCUUGCACGAUGGGAGGCAGCGGGGUAUGACAAGGUUGAACAGGCUCGCAGCCUGGUCGAUUUAUUCUUCGUCUCCGUGCUUCUCGAUGCGGGUGCAGGGGAUAAAUGGCGUUUUACCGAGCCGGGCAGUAAUCUUGCCAUUGGCCGGAGCGAAGGUAUCGCCGUGGCGACAUUAUAUAUGUUCAGCGAGGGCGAGUUCGCCCUCCCAGGUAGUGAUCGAAAAGAUAUUGUUCUGGGCGCCUCCCUUAAGGACUUCUCCGAAGCAACCCUGUCACGCGGGUUCCAGAUCACAAACAACAACCCGUUCGUUGGAGUCCCGGCACGGGUCGAGCUCAUCAAAUCUCUUGGUCGCUCACUCGUGAAUCUCCCGAAUAUCUUCGGUGACACCGGUCGACCCGGGAACCUAGUCGAUUACCUUAUCUCCCGCGCCGACGAGUCUAAGCGCCUCGACUUUGAAGUGCUCUGGGAAACAUUGCAGAGCGUGCUCUUACCUAUCUGGCCGUCCUCCCGUACUCAGAUCGACGGACAUCCCAUCGGCGACGCCUGGCCCUUAAAAUGUCUCGCCGAAGUCGCGCAGCAAGCCGGUCGCGAAACCAAAUGUUCUCAUAUCCAGCCCUUCCACAAGCUCACGCAAUGGCUUGCUUAUUCGCUCACCGUCCCAUUCGACCGUCUUCUGGGCGUGACAUGGAAAAAUAUUGAGAUCGCCACCGGGCUACCAGAAUACCGAAACGGGGGCGUGUUCAUCGAUUUGGGUGUUUUGACUCUGAAAGAGGAGAGUCUACAGCGUGGGUUGGCGAACUCGGGUGCUAACCUGCCUGCCUUCGAGGCGACGGGUGACGAGAUUGUGGAAUGGCGUGCGCUGACUGUGGCUCUGCUGGAUAAAUUGCACGGUGCACUGAAGGGCACGGAGUUGGGCAAGGAGAAGCUGAGUCUAGCUCAGAUGUUGGAGUCAGGAUCGUGGAAGGCGGGGAGGGAGUUGGCGGCGGAGUAUCGGCCGGAGACUAGGUCGAGCCCAAUAUUGAUUUUGGGCGAUGGGACCCUGUUUUAGUUGUAGAAAGAGUCAUGCUGAGAUGCUGACUCGGUAUAUUUAGGCCUGCCUAGGCUUACUAUAUAUGGUUGUCUCUAGGUUCUUUAUAUACUACUCCGUAUAUACUUCAAUAUCAAGUGUCUUUGGAGAUGUUUCGUAAUAUUAGCUAUAGGAUUGGGUGUUACGUGGAGCAGGGAUGGUGGAUGUAUA